GUGAGCCGAUAAAUGUCAAACGAUUUUUAAAACGACGCGCGUUCCUUUUCCGCGAACUGACGAACAUCAACAAAGUCUUAACAUCUUAACAAGUCUUAACAAGAUGAAUCCUACCAUCUUGACCAAUAUUGACGCUCAUAGUUUUCCGGAGGAGGAUAAAAAGACUUUUCCUAAUGUGACCAGUCCCAAAUGCAUCGGCUCCUACUCCAUUUCCCCUUUCGGAAGCUUUGAGAAUAACAAUGAUCGGAUGCGCUACAUAGCUAUCCCACCUCCCAAGAGGUUUCCACUACCUCUUCGCAACCAGGAGCGCCAAGUCGUACCCAUAAAGCCGCCACAGGAAACGAUCGACAACACGCUAUUGUUUAUUGAGAGCAUGCGGUCCAGUUUGCUGAAAGUGGUUGAUAUGCGCGUGGUGGUAAACGCGGCUUUCGUUUGCCCCAAGGAGGUGCUGGAGCUUAUAAUGUUUGCGCCCUUCGAGAACAAAUACGGAUGGACGCUGGGAGCUACGCGAUUCAGAGGCACCCUCUACCUCUGCGUUUUGGAAAAAUGCGAACCCGAUAACUUUGACCAAGAUAAUCUUGAACGUGUUAUGAAGGCGAACUGGAUUAGAAAUCUUCGCAUGCAGGUUCUGUCCGAUAACGGACAGAGACAGCCUUGUUCUAGAGAUAUGUCCGACGAAAAUAACCGAUUCAACGCAGCGUUUACUUUAACUUUAAACGACCAGACCAUAAUAUUUGACUCCCCGGUGUUGGCCGAAAUAAAACCAAAUCAAUAUGUUUCAGCCAUUGAAUGGACGGACCUCAAACUCCGGCAGGACAGUAUGAACCGCAACGAGUGGGCGCACCACAAUCGCACCGAUGCCAUCAAAUGGUGGAUUGAUUCAUAUUUGUUGAAGUUGGACAACAUGUAUAUAGCUCAUCGGGAUGAAAACGCCUUUGUCAGUACUAUUAAGAGGACAGGGGCUGGUGAAAUGUGCAAAGAAUUGGAUCCUAUUGCGGCUUUUUAUUGUUGCAACUUUAUGGCACGUUUAUUAAAUUGCAUUUCCAAUGUGAUGGUCCACGUCGACAACCCCAGCACCGUAUACACCUUUGAAUACGAUGCCAAGACCGGUAAGGUGGCCCAAAGGGCUUUCGAAGGCCGCAACCAGUACACCUUCGUCGCGGACUGGUUCCGCAUAAUGCUGGAUGAGCAUUGGGAGGACUUGAACGAAGAGAGAACCAAAAGUGAAAAUCAAAAGAAAAAUAAUUAUUGAGUAAUUAAAAGAUUUCAUUUUAUUGCGACA